CUCGCGUGCUGACGUCACACCAGGACCGGUUUGGUCCCCGUGACCCGCACACCAAGCUUCUCUGGGGCAGUUCCGGAGGGCGCGGGGCUGCGAGGGGGCCAGCAGGCUUUCUGCUCACCUUGCUGAGAAACAAGGCAGAAUUAAGCCUCAGUCUCUCAGUCCAUCCUCUGAGAGCCCUGGGCAGCUGCUCUCUAAGCCUGAGAGAAGGUUCUACAAAAGACCGUGGCUGUCCCCUGGGAGAUUCAUGGCCCGGAAAAGGAAAUCAAAGGAGUGGCCGGGGGCCAAACACACACCAUGGUGCAGUGCAAGCCACCCCAGGAGUUCAGCUUCGGACCCCGGGCUCUGAAGGAUGCCCUGAUCUCCUGCGAUCUGACUCUGAAGCAGCUCUAUACCUCGGCCUUCUCCCCGGCGGAGAGGCUCUUCCUGUCUGAGGCCUACAACCCUCACCGGACCCUCUUCAGCACACUGCUCAUUCACUCAGCCUUUGACUGGCUCCUGAGUCGCCCAGAGGCCCCUGAGGAUUUCGAGACCUUCCAUGCUUCUCUGCAGCUCCGGAAGCAGAGCCUGGCCCGGAAACACAUUUACCUGCAACCCAUAGAUCUGAGUGAGGGGCUGGCGGGCUGCCCCCUGCUGGACCACCUUCGGAGCUGUGCCGAAGCUUUCUUCCUGGGCCUGCGUGUUAAGUGCCUGCCCUCAGUGGCUGCUGCCUCCAUUACCUGCUGCUCGAGACCCAGUCGGGACACUGAUGGGCUCCAGCUUCACACAGAUGGCAUCUUGUCCUUCUUGAAGAACAACAAGCCAGCGGACGCAUUGUGCGUGCUGGGCCUCACGCUGGCCGACCUGUACCCCCAUGAUGCCUGGACCUUCACCUUCGGCAGAUUUCUUCCGGGGCAUGAAGUGGGUGUGUGUAGCUUCGCUCGCUUCUCUGGAGAGUUCCUGCAGGCCGGGUCCAGGGUUCCGGACCCAGCUGUGCUGGAGGCCGCAGCAGCUGCAGCAGGUGGCCCCGAGACGCCGCCACACGAGGAAGGACGGUCCCUGUGCUUCAGCGCCCUGGGCAUGGUCCAGUGUUGCAAGGUCACCUGUCAUGAGCUCUGCCACCUCCUCGGCCUGGGGAGCUGUCGCUGGCUCCGCUGCCUCCUGCAGGGGGCGCUUAGCCUGGAUGAGGCGCUCAGGCGGCCCCUGGACCUCUGUCCCAUCUGCCUGAGGAAAUUGCAUCACCUCCUGGGCUUCAGGCUCCUGGAGAGGUACAAGAGACUCCAUACUUGGACUCGGAUGAUGGUGGAGAUAUGGUCUGGUCAAGAGGCUGUGUCAGAGGACACCUUGCCCUUCAGUGCUGACUCAGGCAUGGGCUGCGAGAGUGACACGGAGCCGGCCACCACCCCCUCAGAGCCUGUCACCCCUGAUGCGUGGAGUCACACCUUCCCUGAUGAGCCCGAACCAGUGUCUGAGGAUGGACUGAGCUCUCUCGUGGCCUCGGAAGUGUUGCUCAAACUCGGGGAGCCUGUGGAUGCCAUAGAGGAGUACGGACAGUGGCUGGAUGCGUGCAUCCGGGCCCUGGAGAGGGGCGUGGCUGAAGAGGAGCUGAUCCAGGUGGACUCGGCCGUGGAUGCCCUGGGCCGCUGGGAGAUGUUCACGGGGCAGCUCCCGGAGACCAAGCAGCAUGUGCCCCGUGGCAAGGAUAAUGUAGGAUUGCGCAGGGUGCUGGGGGACAAGUUUUCCUCCCUGAGGCGGCGGCUGAGCUCUCGAAGACUUGCCAAGGCCAGUUCUUCCCACUGCCGCUGGGGAAUGGAGAACUGACCCAGCAAGAUGGACCAUGCAACCCGGGGAGAUCAGCUCCUGCCAUUUUUUUUUCCCUGAGGAUACUAACCAACCAGGGGGCACCCAGUGACUGAGGGUACUCAGGUAUCUUCAGGGUUAAAACAAAGGUUCCCUGGAAGCUAAAGAAAUGCUUCUUGGGUGCUUGACCACAGGGUCCCCCAUGUGUGGCCGGCAGCCAUCGUGUGGCCCGCAGCCAUUGCUGAGGGCGGGAGGUUGCUACAUCCUUACUUCUUCCCUGCAGGAGGGGGCUCUGGUCUGUCUAGUUACUCACAGCGGGAGCUCUGGGCCACCCUGCAGCAUGGGCUAGAUGGCUGUGUAUGUAUGUAUAUUUGUAUCUCUGUGUGUCCGUGCACAUGAGUGCAGUUGCCCACAGAGGCCAGAAGAAGGCACCAGACCUCUAGUCGUCAUUACAGGGAGUUGUAAGCCACCCGUUGUGGGUGUUUGCAGUUGAACUCAGGUCCUCUGCAAGUACAGCACACACCUUUAAUGUCUGAGCCAUCUCUCCAGCGCCAACAUUUUAUUUUGACCUGUGUUGUUCACGCGGGGUCCUUUUCUGUGGCUAGCAUGACUUUCUGCUCACCAGGGCUGGCACAGGUGUCAUUGAGAAACUCCUGAAGAAAUUUGUGCCCUGGGAGGUUGGCAGAAGUGGAGGGAUGUGGUUGGCUGUGGAAGGCAGAGGCUACUUCUCCAACCCCCAGGCUGCGGCUGCCAAACUUCUGCCACCAGUUAGGCCAGUGUGCUGGUUGGGGCUCAGCGCUUUUGUCUUUGAUGACAUUUUUCCUGUGUCCGUCUAUAAAAACUCCUGACAUAGGAUGUUAAAAUUA